GACUCACUGACACACACACACACACACACACAUACAGACGCAAACACCAAAACAUUCGCUCACACACACUCACAGCCAGAGUCCCAGUGGUCCGACAUGGAGGUGCGGGCGCUCGCUCUGAGCAGCUAACUAACUCAUUUGGGGCAGCCUGCAUGGAGUGCUGCAGAAUGCUGGAUGGAGAGCCUCUGGACUGACAGACACCCAUCUGUACUGACUGGAAACCUGAGCAUCCUGCUUUACCAUGGAGUUUGGAAGAGUUUGGUCCAGAUAUCAGAGGACGAUGCUGAUCACCAUGAUGAUGUUCAAGCUGGGCCUGCUGUGUACAGCUGCAGCAGACAAGUGUUUAUCAUCUCCGUGCCACAAUAACGCAACGUGUCACGACCACUCUGGUGAGUAUGUGUGCCUGUGUCCCAAAGGACCUGUGUGGUACAUGGGCAAAAAUUGUGAUGAGCUGUACGAUGCCUGCAUCACAGCCCCUUGCACGAACUGCACCAGCGAACCUGGGACCAACAAGUUCACCUGCCACUGCCCCGAUGGAUUCACGGGUUUGAACUGCACUGAGGAUGUAGAUGAAUGUCAGAGCAACCCCUGCAAUGGUAUCAAGUCUUACUGUGUCGAUGGAGUCAAUGAGUAUGUGUGCCACUGUCCCCCUGGACUGGGAGGGGAGGACUGCCAGGAAAAUGUGACCACAUGUUCAGAGGAGACAUGCCAGAAUGGGGGCACAUGUAUGGAUAUCUAUGACAUUGGGUACCGGUGCCAGUGUGCCGCUGGGUACCAGGGGACAAACUGUGAGGAGAACAUUGAUGAGUGCCAGUCUGAGCCAUGCCAAAACGGAGCCAUCUGUAAAGACGGGGUCAAUGCCUACCAGUGUUUCUGUGUGCCUGGAUUUCAAGGCUACCACUGUGACUUGGACAUCAACGAGUGUGCCUCCCGACCUUGUCAAAACAAUGGCACGUGUCUCGAUGAGGUGGACCACUACAGGUGUGACUGCACUCCAGGCUUUAAAGGGAUUAACUGCGAGGUGGAGAUCGACGAGUGUGAGGUCCAUCCUUGUCAGAACGGCGCCACCUGCAGAGACCACGUGGCCAUGUACUCGUGUGAGUGCAUGGCAGGCUUCCAGGGUCAAGACUGCGAGGUCAACAUUGACGAGUGUGCCAGCAUGCCCUGUCUGAAUGAGGGCAAGUGCAUAGAUGGGGUCAACAGAUAUGAAUGCAACUGUGAGGGGACAGGCUUUAUAGGUGACCACUGUGAACACGAUAUUCCUGAAUGUGCUUCUGACCCCUGUCAGCAUGGAGCAACAUGCUUGGAGGGAAUCAACCAGUACAAAUGCCUCUGCUGGCCAGGUUAUGAGGGAGAGAACUGCCAGAUGGAUGUAAAUGAAUGUGAGCAGCAUCCCUGCGACAAUGGUGGCGAGUGCUUCCAGCGUUCAGACGUCCUGAACUACGAGACGCUUCCUGAACUGCGCACAGCCAAUUUUAGCUACGAAGUAGCAGCUGGCUUCAUCUGUCGUUGUCUGCCAGGCUUCAGCGGAGAUAACUGCUCCGUCAAUGUGGACGAGUGUGAGUCUGCUCCAUGUCAGCAUGGAGGGACCUGUCAGGAUCUGGUCAACUCUUAUCAAUGCAUGUGUCCACAUGGCUUCACAGGCGUGCACUGUGAGGUGGACAUCAAUGAAUGUGACAGCGAUCCCUGUCAGAAUGGCGCCACGUGCGAAGACGCUGCCAACUCUUACAGGUGUCACUGCCCCACGCCAGAGCCUGUCCAGGAACCCUGGGGCGGGCAGAAGUGUGACGUCAGGUUAGUCGGCUGUCGGGAGCAUCAGUGUCAGCACAAUGCAAGCUGUGUCCCCAUUCUGAACGAAAAUGCCGAGCAUAACUACACUUGCCUGUGUACACCUGGCUGGACCGGAGAGCGCUGCAACACAUCCACCACAUUCUCGUUCAACUCGGAAGGAUACGUCCACAUGCAGCUGCCUGUAUUCCAGAACAGGACAAAACGAGAGACAGAUUACCACAACCAUAGGCUCCACAUGCAGCUUCGAUUCAGGAGCACCCUGCCUGACAUGGUACUGUUCUACCGUGGCACCGUGGAGCGCUUUCUAUCACUGGAGCUUCUUGGUGGCUCUCUCCAUGCCAGGGUGAAGUCAGGGAAGGUGCUGCAGGCCGUCUACCCUGGCCCAGUCAACGAUGGAGAAUGGCACCAGGUCACUGUGGCCAUGGAUGACAGGCUGGUUCUGACUGUAAAAGGAGCUGGCUGUGACCCAGGAUGCCAGGUGAAGAAUGAGGGCCACAACCACCUAAUCUUCCUCCAGCCCAGCUCCUUCCAGCAACUCUAUGUAGGUGGGGCGCCACAGGAAUAUUUGUCCCACUGGUCCAGUGGAAAUGGAUUCAUUGGUUGUAUGGAGGACCUUCAAGUUGACCAUAAACUCCUGCUGCCACAGGACCUCAUCAGGGAGGAGAACAGGGGCUUGGAACUGGGAUGUACCAAAAAAGACUGGUGUGAAGAGGAUCCAUGCAUGCAGCAUGGACAGUGUGUGGACAUGUGGGUUCGUGCCAGCUGUCGUUGCAAUCGGCCUUACUAUGGAGAAAAAUGUGAAAAAGAAUACCCACCCUGGACCUAUGGUCACGAGAACACCACAAGCUACUCCGUCUUCAACAUCUCAGAAACCCAUGGAGACAACUUCACCAUUUCCUUUUUAAUGCGCUCUCUCAAACACAACGGCCUGCUCCUGCAGUUCUGUCGCGAUGGAAAGCCCUACCUCACCAUCUACCUGAAAGAAGGCACUGUUGCAAUCUACAGCCCCCACACCACACUGCUGUCAGAAGCCAAAUUAGUCACUGACGGCAACAAUAAUUUGGUGGCUUUCAAGGUUCAAUAUGGCCAUGUGGUCUUCCCCAAAGCAGGAAAUCAUCGCUCCCUGGGGAAUGUGAGUGUAGAAGAAGGGGAUGUGGUGUAUGUUGGAGGGCUCCCUGCAGGCAAGGACAUGAACGCCUGGGGUGGAAACUUCAAGGGCUGCCUGCAGGACAUUAGACUGGACCGCAAGCAUCUAACCAUUGAGAAUCAUACAGAACGGGUGGAGGUUUACCAGGCAAGCUUAAAGGAGAAUGUGCUGCUAGGAUGCCUCAGUGAUGACACAUGCAAGGAUGAGCCCUGUUUUAAUGGUGGACAGUGUCAGGUCACCUGGAAUGACUUCAGGUGUAACUGCUCCAUCAACUACUCGGGCCGGCUGUGCGAGACACGUCUAUGGUGUGUCGACAAGCCUUGUUUUGACGAAGUACAUUGUGUGGAUCUACAAGAUGGUUAUGAAUGUUUGACUGAAGCCAUUUUUCAGGACAACUCUCUCCAGUAUGUUGCCAACAAUUCCUUGUUGAGCCCUGUAACCAACAUCACCAUGGACUUACGAACGAGAGACGAAAAUGGGAUCCUGCUUCGGGCCACUAGCACAGCUGAGGUCAUCUGUCUGGGCCUGCUCAACUCCAGCUUGUUGGUCAAACUGGACAGCGGGGAGGGUGCGGAAUUUUUGGCUUUCACAAGUGACAUUACCAUUGCUGACGGAGCGUGGCACCACAUACAGCUCACGAUGGUCGACCCCACGCAGUCACAAUCCCCCUGGAGCCUCACUAUAGACGGACGGAGAGCUGGUGGCAACCACAGACUUGGUGGCAACCUUAACUUUCUCAAUGACACCACAAUCUGGCUGGCAGAGAAUUACACUGGGUGUUUGAGGGAGGUGAGAGUGGGUGGUGUUUAUCUGCCACUCAUAAAAGUACCAGAUGCCCCUCAGAUUAGCCAGUUCUCCAGACUUGGUGGCCACGAACCAACCAUAGGAUGCCAAGGUGCACCAAUUUGUGAUUCCCAGCCCUGUGGCAAACAUGGUGUGUGUCAGGACCAGUUUAAUAAAUUUAACUGCAGCUGCAGUUCUGGAUGGGAGGGGGAGCUGUGUGAUAGAGAAACAGAUGAAUGUUUAUCAGCUCCCUGUGUCUAUGGUGCAUGUAAAGACCUCCUGGCAGACUACCAAUGUGACUGUGAGCCUGGAUACGAAGGAAAAGACUGCCGGGACGAGGUGGACAACUGCCUGGAGUUUAGCUGUGUGAAUGAAGGAGUCUGUGUGGGUUCGGUGGGAACUCACACAUGCUUCUGUCCUCCUGGUUACAUCGGCAAGCGCUGCCAGUGGCGUUUCCCUCCAGUGGCGUGUGAUGCGAACACAGAGUGUCUCAAUGGUGGGGUGUGUAUAGGAGGCGAUUCUGGAGGCAACUGCACCUGCAAGCCGGGAUACACUGGAGCCAGGUGCGAGACAGAAAUAGACGAGUGUCAGUCCGGUCCUUGUCUCAACGGUGCCACCUGUCUGGACAGACUCAACCACUUCCAGUGUGUGUGCAUGGCCGGCUUCAGCGGCACACGGUGCGAGAGCAACAAAGAGGAGCAAAAAGAGCGAGUUCCCUGGCUGGUAGUGACCAUCCCGUUGACUACCCUGUGUGUGCUACUGGCCAUCCUGGUGGUGUUUUUCCUCGUAAUGACGGCAAGAAAGAAGCGUCAGUCGGAGGGGACGUACAGCCCUAGCUCACAAGAGGUGGCUGGUGCCAGACUGGAAAUGGGCAGUGUCCUCAAAGUGCCCCCAGAGGAGAGGCUUAUAUGAGGCCUGAAUCCUCACCUCCCAGUCUUACAUCCAAAGGAUGUACUGUAUGUUAAGGGUGGAGAGAAGAUAAACUCUGCAGUUUUGUACUGCCUUGCUUCUCCUUCCCUACAGGAUGGAAAUGGAGGAUGUAUCAGUGACAUGUCCUUCACCUGAAAAACACUGAGGCCUCAGAGGUGGACAGACCAGAAGCUGAGAGAGGCCCUGAGUAGACUGACCAUUAGAGAGAGUGUGGUCAAAUACUCUGACGCUAAAGAUCCUCAAGGAUAGUCUUGAGUAACCCCACAAGAUGAUACAGGCAAGUGAUUCAACCUUUAACAAUUUGGAAAGCAAAACCUCCGUUUGCAGUUUUCAAAAGUUUUAAUAAGUUUUUCUUCAGCUGAAAACUGUUUCUAAUGGACCUACACAGAGUUACUGGCAGGUUAUUUAUGAAAUGUUUUACCACACAGUAAAUUAUCAACAUUUUUGCCUGAAGGAAUGUAGUUUCAGUUGAAGACUCAAUUUUCUUCCUUUUGCUGAAUCAAAAAUUUCGGAUUUGUAUACGGUGUGUAUAUUAUUACUCUUGGCCCAAGGGAAGAGAGGAUUCUUAAUUUGAAGGAAGUAUUUAACCAAGACACUGGUUCCAGAACUCCAGAACCCCCCCACCCCCCACGUUGAAAUUGAAUGUGCAGAUGGACACAACUGCAACCUCUGCAGAGCUCAAACUCAAACUGCUGUUUAUUGUCGAUGUGCACUGUAUGAUUUAAAAGGGUGAUCACUCUGCCCAUGCUUUGUUACUGCGUAAUAUGCUUUGAGUGUUUUUGCGUUUGUGUUUUCUGUGUCUUUGUUGUGUAUAAUAUUCAGCAAAAGUUCAAAUCACUGUUUUGUUCUUUUCUUUUGUAAUGUUUUGACGAGGAACAGUAUUUAAUUAUAGAAAUCUUCAUGCUGUAGUCAAAGGUGGUCGCAUCAGUGUUUAUGGACAUAAGUAACUUCCAAGGCCAGAAAUAAAACAUGAAAAAACCUGAUUUUAUUUUUGCAAAAACAGCUACUUAAAUUUAAUCACAGUAAAGUAAUAAUUAAAAAGAUUUCCACAAAAUAAAGGAGGUGUAUUGUAAUGGUUAGCCUAACCUAGCAUAAAGACUAGCCUGCCUCUGGUCCAUAUAGAUCUUGUCACGUCAUUUCUCAAAGAGAAAGCAGUGUUCUGUCUUUCAGAUAGUGAACCACAAGCACUGAUCAGACCACCUUCAACUGUGGCUGUCAUGUAAAUAAUCCUUUAUUUGAGUUGAGUAUUAGCCCUUAAAGUCUGAUGUCACUGUAUUCAUAUCUGUACUCCAGGAACUCCAGCCAUUUCUCUCUCUGCCUUUCACUCUGUACUCACCAGUGCUGCUAACUUUACCAAACCACUAAGUCAGAAUAUUUUUACAGUUGACAAAAGGUACUGGUCUGAUGCUUGUACUUGCUUUUAGUUGAGAGUCAAAGAACAGAUUAGAACGGCACUGGUCAAUGCUACUGAAUGUAGUUAUAAAUGUCAUUUUAAAGGGGGAAGGAGUAGGCUUUUGACCAUUUGGAGGUAUCCAUAGGGUUGGUACUGAUGACUUUAAAACAUUUUUAGAGUUUACUGAAGUUGACUGUACUUUAUCCGAGCUAUACCGAUACCUCAGUAUAGCUCAGGUAUUUUCAACUGACUAGAUCGUACAUUUUUGUCCACACAUCGCCAACCUGACAGCAACGGUUGCUGUGCACCGCUCAUGUAAGGAUUCAGUGACUCUCCUGUUCUCGUAAUAUGGGUGUAAUUGUAUACAUGCAUACAUGUCAGAUAAAACAUUAUGACUAAUACUCAAAAAGUGGACUCAACUUUAGUACGGACAUGCUUGCAUUUGUAAUUGCAGCAGAUUCAUCUGAAAAGGUCAGAAAUCCCCAAAUUGCCCCUUUAGAAUGACUGCAGGGAGUGCAUGUGCAUGAUGAGAUGCUACCACGUGCCUUCUUAUCCCCGCAUCCAUGAAACCCUAGCAUCCCAUGACCGUUUUCCUGUUUGGACACGUUAAAGUUAUUUUCCAUUCAAGAGGUUUAACAGACACGUCACUAUGUACGUCUCUGCUUAAUGAUUCAAAUGUUGUUAAAAGCAUUAUGGUAUUAAUAUGCAACUGAACAUAAACCGGCAGAUAAAUAUCCCAGCUUUGUACAGAAUGGUUUUACACUGGAGUUGUUUUUGCUGAAUCCGUGCCAUGUACGGCACACUGUAGGUCAGAGCAUGAGGAGUUUCGCUUCAAAACAUCACACGCUCACUUAAGGGAAAAAUCAAUAAUUCCCUGGAAGUAUUUAAAGACAGCUUUUGUUUUUGUGGGAGGUAUUAGCAGGUCAUCACAGUACUUGUACUGUAGUUGACCUGCUCGCACUCUUUUAUCAAAAUGUCCAUAUUCUCCUGUUUCUGCACUGCCAGUGGUUUCAUUUUGGGAUGAACUCGUCAUUUGCACUGAGAACACUUGUCUAUAUGAAGAUGAUUUUAAUUGUGUGUCCAGUAAGGUGUAUACUUUUAAUCCCAGUUUAGUUACGUCGUAUGCUUGUGUAUAUAUGGGAAAUGGCGCUUAAACUGGAAUCAGUGUUGUGGGUAUGAGAUGUGUCUCAGCAGUGGUCCAAUAAAAAUAAAAACACAUAAAAA